AAAAAAAAGUCCCCUCCUGUAUAUUAAGCGCCGACCUUCUGUUCCUGAAUGAGUCCAAAGAAUUCUCCUUCUCAAAUUCCUUGCUGGCUAUUUUCACUGUUCACACAUUGGAUUUGGCCUUCGCUGGUGGCGCAAAUAUUAUUAACCCAAUAUCUUCUUUUUCACACCUUCCUAACCAUUUAGAAAUGGUGCUAUCUACAAUCCAAACGAUACCGUAUUGGUUAUCGGAGCACCCGAUAAUCGUAAACUUCCGGUGGAGCCACGCCCAAUCAUGGGGAUCCACCUGGUCCUUUUUGUUUACAGCUAUUUCCUUGUACGUCGUCGCCGCAAUUUUCCUCCAUCUCUUCCUCUGCCUUCUUCUCCGCCGUAACCGUCGGAUCCCACUGGGCCCGAUUCCGGCCGUUCAUAGCCUUGCUGUCUCCUUGCUCAACGUCGUUAUUUUCGUCGGCAUCAUCCUUUCAGCUGCAGCAGAGAUUCGGGACACGCGCUGGUUCUGGCGUCGUACUAACACCACCACGUUUCAGUGGCUCCUAUGCUUUCCUCUCGGGACGCGCCCUUCUGGGCGCGUCUUUUUCUGGUCAUAUAUUUUUUACCUGUCGCGCUUCCUCCAUCUCCUCCGUACGUUCUUCAGCGUCCUCGUUUACCGUAAACUGACAUUCUUUCAACUAUUUAACCAGUCCAUUCUUACUUUCAUGUCUUUUCUUUGGCUCGAAUUUUCUCAAUCAUUUCAAGUCCUGGCCAUAUUGUUGACAACGUUGUUGUACUCCAUCGUUUAUGGGUACCGUUUCUGGACAGCAAUCGGACUGCCUAGCGCCUGCUUCCCCUUCGUGGUAAAUUGUCAAGCGGUGUUGUUGGGAUGCAAUUUGAUUUGCCAUUUCGGCGUUCUGUUCUUGCACUUCCUCAAAGGCGGCUGCAAUGGAAUUGGUGCUUGGGGUUUCAAUUCUGUGCUCAAUGCUGUCAUUUUGUUACUUUUCACGAAUUUUUACGUGAAGAUGUAUUUGAAGAACAGAAAAGGCUCCCAAUUGAGUCCUGAUGACAAUGGUUCAUCCAAACACAGUUAAUUUGUUCAUUAUAACUCUUACUUUGAUUUGAAUUUUGUAAUUCAUUGCCUGGGUUUGGUCGCAAAUGAUAGAAAACCCCAUUUUUAUGAACUGUAUUGAUGUAAUUCUAAAUUGUAUAACAGACUGAUGAGUCUAUAAAUAUUAUUUCUUCUAAUUGUAAUUAGGGUCAAGGCAACAUCAAUGAUUAAGAUGUGGAAAAGAAGAACAAGUCUUUUGCUGAAAAUUUUGGCUGGCUUGUACUAUGUAUUGAAUAUUUGAUUUGUGGUAGUUGAUUAUGCAACGGACUGUACAUAUUUUGUG